CAAGUUCAUGUUGAGGUAUCUUCUCAAGACAAGAUACAGUGACUCAUAUGCUUUUCUGGAUAACGUAAUCCAUGGAUAAAGUGGGAAAGAUGUGGAACAAUUUCAAAUACAGGUGCCAGAAUCUCUUCAGUCACGAAGGUGGAAGCCAAAAUGAAAAUGUAGUUGUGAACUCCAAUAGUUGCUCAUCUGCUAAAGAGAAAGCUAUCCAAAUAACUGAUUUGGCUCAACAACAACCCAGCAGCCCUUUGAGAGAAAACAUUGCUUUGCAAUUAGGUUUAAGUCCUUCAAAGAAUUCGGCAAGGCGGAACCCAAACUGUGUCACAGAAAUUCCUCAGAUUGUUGAAAUAAGCAUUGAGAAAGAGAAUGACUCGUGUGUCACCACGGGAGCCAGGCUUGCUCGCAGGGACUCUUAUUCUCGGCACGCUCCUUGGGGUGGGAAGAAGAAGCAUUCCGGCUCUACCAAAACCCAGAGCUCCCUGGAUACUGAGAAAAGGUUUGGGAGAACACGAAGUGGUUUGCAGAGGAGGGAGAGAAGGUACGGGGUGAGCUCUGUCCAUGAUAUGGAUGCAGUAUCGAACAGGACAGUGGGCAGCCGUUCUCUGCGACAGCGUCUGCAAGAUACUGUUGGGCUGUGUUUCCCCAUGAGAACUUACAGCAAACAGUCCAAGCCUCUGUUUUCUAAUAAAAGGAAGAUCCAUCUCUCUGAACUAAUGCUCGAGAAAUGCCCUUUUCCUGCGGGUUCAGAUCUGGCUCAGAAGUGGCAUCUGAUUAAACAACACACAGCGCCUGUGAGUCCUCAUUCGACGUUUUUUGACACGUUUGAUCCUUCCUUGGUUUCCACAGAAGACGAAGAAGACAGGCUCAGAGAGAGACGUAGACUUAGUAUUGAAGAAGGGGUUGAUCCCCCUCCCAAUGCCCAAAUACAUACUUUUGAAGCUACAGCACAGGUUAAUCCAUUAUAUAAACUGGGACCAAAGUUAGCCCCUGGUAUGACUGAGCUGGCCGGGGACAAAAACAUAACACCUCCAGGGAACUGUGACUCCGAAGAGGACACGACGACGCUUUGUCUGCAGUCACGCAGGCAGAAGCAGCGUCAGAUGUCUGGAGAGAGCCACAGCCAUAUCAGCAGGCAGGGGGCUUGGAAAGUGCAUACUCAGAUUGAUUACAUCCACUGCCUCGUGCCAGACUUGCUUCAGAUAACAGGUAACCCGUGUUACUGGGGGGUAAUGGACCGCUACGAAGCAGAAGCGCUUCUGGAGGGUAAGCCCGAAGGCACUUUUUUGCUCAGGGAUUCUGCGCAGGAGGACUACCUCUUCUCUGUGAGCUUCCGUCGCUAUAACCGCUCGCUGCACGCACGCAUUGAGCAGUGGAAUCACAACUUUAGUUUUGAUGCCCACGACCCCUGUGUGUUUCACUCCUCCACCGUUACAGGGCUUCUGGAGCACUACAAAGACCCCAGCUCUUGCAUGUUCUUUGAACCAUUACUUACUGUAUCUCUGAACAGGACUUUCCCCUUUAGUCUGCAGUAUAUCUGCCGGGCAGUAAUCUGCAGGUGCACUACGUACGAUGGCAUCGAUGACCUUCCUCUACCCUCGAUGUUGCAAGACUUUCUAAAGGAGUAUCACUAUAAACAAAAAGUCAGGGUGCGAUGGCUGGAGCGGGAACCUAUAAAAACAAAGUAAAUGGAAAUCAGAAUAAGCUUCUAGAAUAUGCUUUUUUUCCUGUGUGUUACAGUUUAACUGCAGCGAGCGCACCAACAAUGUCUAGCUUUUCUGCAAUAUCCUAUUUAAGCUGAGUGUUAGUAUCCUGUCAGAUGCUGCCUGCUGUUAAUCAAACUAAGUUGUGAUGCCUCUUGGAAACAAUAAGCAGACACAAUUCUGCACGUUUUUCAUUAAGGCCUAAUGAAAAUAUUUUUGCUAAUUUCUGAAUAUUUUGUUUCCCUUUUAUAGCUGUAGUAAUUGGAUGAAGAAACUAUGAGGCAUUUUCCAUGGGGCAUUCAUGUAAUGCUAAUAAAUAAUGACUUUAUUAGAGGAGCAUUUUUGCUAAUAUUUGAAGUAUUUUUUUUAAAUUAUCUUCUUGAAAACUUUCCACUGCUUGCAGUACUAAUUUAGCUCACAAAUAAGUUUCCAAAUACAAGUGAAUAAGAGUAUUUUCUUCUAAUGAAGAGCAGUUUAUUAGAAGCAGUCCAGUUAAUGGUGUUUUGAUGCUAACAGAUGAGUCAUGCUUUUCUCAGUGUAUGAGGUUUUCUAAUCAUUAAGACUUGAAUAUGCCUGCUCAGUACUGUAAUACUAUUUGAAACACUUGGAGAUUUAAGUGGCAUUGUUAGCAAAAGUAAUACUGUCUUGGACAGUUAAAUACCUUCCAGUGUGGAUUACUGAUUGAGUGGCAGGACAUGGGAUAAGAUUAUUGCCAUGGUAAAAAUAGAAAAGGUUGCGUAUUCUUCCAAAACAGAAUUUGGUGACCUGACUGCUAGUAACUCACAAUGGAAGGUAAUAGUGAAGAGAAAAAAAAUCUUUAAAUAAAUAAAGUUGUCUGAUAUUUUUAUGGAGAAAAUUACAAGUGGUCAAAUUAUUAUAAUCAGAAUACGAAAUCUGACAUAUCUGGAAUAAAUGUCAGGUUUCAAAGGUACUGUUACACUUUGUAAAUAUCUUUCCAAUUGUGCUUUGAAAAAAUGUUUUAAAGUAAUAUGCACUGAUUAUAGUUUCAACAGAUUACUUGGAAACAAGAUUCUAAGUUCUGUUUGCUUAUUUAAUUGGAGAUGGAAUUUAAAAUAGUUCUGUCUUAGACAUCUUUGCACUAAAAUUUUGUUGAAUGCCCUGACCCCCUGUUUCAUGUUUUGUACCGAUUAUGAGUGCUCCCUAGUUUCUUUACCAGCUGCUACAGUACGUUAUUACUUACUUCUCUAUGGCAGUGACCUGUGCGAGGUAGGGAGCAUUUUGGCUGCAAGUACAAUAAACGUUAUUCUUGUAUGCUACACUAACCCUUCUAUUGAUGUAUUUUUCUGCUUGCCGUGCCUUGUUCUGGCUUUUUGUGCUAAUAAAGUACAGUAUGUUCAGUGUUAUACUUGUAUAUCUGCUCUGUUUUUAUAUAUUCACGUAACUUGUAGCAGUUAACUGAUUUUUUUAAUAGGCUUUUCUUAGUACUUAGUCUAGGUAAUGCACAAAUACCGUGCAGUUGAAUAUUGGUUGGUCAGCACACCAUAUUCCUGUUUUUUGUUACUUGCUUAUCAGAAACCGAACAGUGUACACCAUUGAAUAACGUUUCUAUAGUCACUGCAAAGUAAUGGACUUGUCCGCAGGCAUAGAGCAUUUUACAGUUUUUGUAAUGUAAAGGAUAAAUGUUAAGCAAAAAGUAUUCUAAAACAUUAUUGAUCCCCUGUAAUGCUUGCUGAAGGUGUUUCAGCUUGUUAUACAGCUGACUGCUAAGCCUGAUGUUUUGAUACUCCCCACUGAGUAAGGAAUGGUUAUUCCUGCAAAUUGACAGUACAGCAGUGGCAUUUGUUCACUUCUAGACUCUUUUAAUAAAUAGAUGU